AUCUGAUCAAAGCGAAACACUUGCUCAUUUAUAUGGGGUGCUUUUAUAUAAGAAGAAAGAUAUAAUAGCAAUUCAAGAAAAACUUGGUAUUAGCUGGAAAGCUAGCAUGGCUAUCAGUAAUGCAUUGGAGCAAAUAGAACGCGAACCCGACAGGAUAACACUUGCUGAUUCAUAUAAGUUGUUAUUACAUUUGGUGGGAGAUUUAAUACCGAUACAGAAGAAUCUCGACAUUGAUGGCAACCCCAUUCUGGCAGUGGAAUAUAAUAAUGUGACAAAUCAAAACAAUAGAGGUUCUUCCGAUUUAUCACUUUCGAAAUUAUUUAAUUUGCUUUUAUGCUUGGAAGAGGAUAUAAUGUCAAUUCAGGAAGAACUUGGUAUUGUUGGUUAUACUAAUCAAGAAAUUGCUGUGUUAAUACAGAAGUUCGUUGAUAUAGGGGUAAAGAAAUUUUGGUUUACUGGUGAGGGACUACCAUUAUUUCCAAAUGUCUCUCCUCAACAACUACAUGAGGUUUUCGUCAAAAAAUCGGCUAGCGUUAAUCAGUGCCCAUGUCUAGAAUUAAAAGUAAAGUAA